GGAAGUGGAGAGAGGAUCCGGUUAAACAGCAGUGACGAUGGUUUAUGUGUCAAAUGGUCAGGUUCUGGACAGCAGGAGCCGUUCGCCCUGGAGUCUGUCCUUCCUGACCGACUUCUUCUGGGGUGCAGUCGAGUUCAUCGGCCUGUUCUUCCAGACUCUGGUCCAGCCGGAUCUGUCUAAAGAUGGAAACAACAGCGCAUCGUCUCGCUUCAGUGACGGCAGAGGUCCUCCUGGGUUCCCAGGCCGCCGACGGAUGGGUAGAAUAAACCACGGUGCAGGUCCCACACCUCCACCCAUGGGCGGAGGAGGAUGAGGAAGGUAAACGCCUGCACGCUGAUGCAGGCGCUGAGGACAGAGAGACGCUGCUGAGAGUCUGUGAUGAACAUUAAUGCAGACGCUCUACAGAUCUCCACCGUCCUCUCCAUCGGCUGCUGCUGCUGCUUUACCGCACACUCAUGACGUUACUCUGGGAAUUCCUGCACCGAGGGGCCAGAGUCACUGAUCAUGGCAGCCACACACACACACACACACACAUACAUACAUACAUACACAUACAUACUCACACACACUCACAUACAUACACAUACAUACAUACACAUAUGCUUACAUACUCACACACUUGUUUCAUAACUCUUCUUGGUUUUUAUUCAGUAAUGUCUUAUAUUAAAAGGAGCUGUUGUGAUGGAUAUUCUAUGUGCAAUUGGCAUCAAUAAAGUAAGUUAUGUUGAAUUCUGUCCACAAUUUUGACUUGUAUCGUUGUUGUUUUGGUCAUUAUAUACUGAACAUUUCAAUAUAACGUCUAGUUAAUGUCUGUAGAGCUCUUUGGCCUUGUAGAAACUGUGUAUUGUUGUAUAAUUUACCGUAUACUUGUAGAAAACUACAUUUAUUUGAGCUGUCGUGUUACCAUAGCAACUUGAAAUGUACUACAGUAUUUGUUAUAAAUUACUACUAAAGCAUUU